AUGCCUAGCGCUACAGCAUCCGGGGCGAACCCGGGCGGCGACUCGUCGGCUCGUUCUCGCGAUCACAAUCAGGGAAACCAGGGGCGAGCGUACACAGAAGAGCAAAAAGCGGCCGUCAUACGUAUUCGAAAAUGCAAGCCCACAGCCUUUUACGACAUCCUGGCGCUGGAAAGCGUCAAGACGACCUGCACGGAAGCGGACAUCAAGAAGGCCUAUCGAAAACAGUCCCUUCUAACCCAUCCGGAUAAGAAUGGCCACGAGCACGCCGACGAGGCCUUCAAGAUGGUCAGCCGAGCGUUUGGUAUCCUGGGCGACAAGGAGAAACGAGAGAAGUAUGACAAGUUCGGUACCGACCCCGACAGCAGAUUUGCCGCUGCACAGGCGCAGAACCCGUUCGCGGGAUUUGCCUCGCGGCAGGCGUCGGGAGGAAUGGGCCGCGGCGGUGCGGGCAUGUGGGAGGAAGAGAUCAGCCCAGAGGAGAUGUUUGCGAGAUUCUUUGGCGGCGGCGGAGGAUUUGGAGGCGGCGGUCCGUUCGGAGCUUUCGACACAGGUCCCCAGUUCGUGUUCAAUCUUGGUGGCGGCCCUGGAAUUCGGGUCCACCAGUUUGGCGGCGCGAGACCGAGGAGACGACCCCGAGAGGCACAGGAAGCCGAGCAACAGCAGGGCGGGUUGCAGAACCUGAUGACUCUGCUGCCCAUAUUGAUCUUCUUUAUUCUGCCCAUGCUCUCGUCCUUGUUUACGGGCGGAUCCUCAGGCUCUUCCAUCCCCAUGAGAUACGACGAACCCCAGCCGCCCUACACGGAAAGACGCUACACUCCCAACCACAAAGUCAAGUAUUUUGUCAACCCCAAGGACGUCCAGUCGCUCAGCAAGUCCAAGCUUGCGCAGCUGGAUCACACAGCCGAGGCAAAUUUCAUCCGCUUCCUGGACAACAAGUGCGAACACGAAAACAUUGCCCAGCGUCGCCUACGAGAGGAUGCCAUGGGCUGGUUCUACGAGGACGUGGAAAAGAUGGAACAGGCGAACCAGUAUCCCAAGCCAAACUGUGACCGAUUGAGAUCGUUGGGGUACAGACGGACAUGA